AUGAACAAAUUCUACACAUAUUUGAAACAGUUUGCCAACCCCAAGCCAAAAUCCUUCUUCCGAACGUCUAUCUAUGAUUCAAUGCCAACUGCUAGCAAUGAGGGUAUUGUCAAUUAUGUCAAUGAACUUAAGGAAUCGGGAUUAAAUGGAAUCGUACACACUGAAUCGGAGGGCCAAUAUCGCGUGGAGGGAGAUAUUAUGUAUCAGCACUAUCAAAGGUGGUGUGAGACAGCUGGUGAAGUCCCUGAUAAGCGAUCGAAAUUUUGUGAGAAGAUCUCGAAGCUGGAAAAGCGUAUCACAUUCAAGCGAUACUAG